GAAGUCCCGCCCACACGGUUUUCAUUCCAGGAAGAAGCAGCUGGAGUGUUGUCUCACCGCAGCUGUCUUCAUGCCUUUGUCGUUUUAUUCUACGUGACAUUUUUUUUAAUGUAUUUGGGAGACAAACUAUGUUUUUUUUCUCUGUAAUCUGAAGCCGCCAUGAGACCUGCCACUAUGAUCCGGAUAGUCAGCUUUCGGGCCCUGAUGUGUUUUCUGACCAUGAUUUUCUGCGCUGGGCAAAAGUCCUUCUGUGAUGCCAGCACAGUCUCCCUACCAGAAAACCUGCUCUUUGUGUCGACUUUGGACGGAAACCUUCAUGCUGUUAGCAAGAAGUCGGGCUCCAUAAAGUGGACUCUGAAAGAAGAUCCAGUUCUUCAGGUCCCAACACAUGUGGCAGAGCCAGCCUUUUUGCCUGACCCAAAUGAUGGCAGCCUGUACUCUCUGGGAGGAAAGAACAACGAAGGCCUGACUAAAUUGCCCUUCACUAUUCCUGAACUGGUCCAAGCCUCUCCCUGUCGAACAUCUGAUGGCGUCCUUUACAUGGGUAAGAAGCAGGACUUGUGGUACGUGGUGGACCUCCUGACUGGUGAGAAACAGCAAACCCUGACAUCUUCAUUCGCUGAGAUGCUGUGCCCGUCGUCGUCUCUACUUUAUCUGGGGCGCACGGAAUACACCAUCACCAUGUAUGACACCAAGAGCCGAGAGCUGCGCUGGAAUGCCACCUACUCUGACUAUGCCUCCACCCUUCCUGAUGAUGACACCAAAUACAAGAUGGCUCAUUUUGUGUCCAAUGGGGAUGGUCUGGUGGUGACUGUGGACAGUGAGUCUGGAGAUGUUCAGUGGGUCCAGAACUAUAACUCUCCAGUGGUGGCUCUGUAUGUUUGGCAACGUGAAGGCCUCUGCAAGGUUCCACAUACUAAUGUGGCCGUGGAAACCCUGCGUUACCUCACUUUUAUGUCUGGAGAGGUCGGCCGCAUUACUCAGUGGAAGUAUCCAUUUCCCAGGGAGAAGAAGCCCAAGAAUAAAUUCAUGGCCACGUUGUAUGUGGGUAGAUACUCCACUAGUCUCUAUGCCUCACCCUCCCUGGUGCAUGAUGGAGUCACAGUGGUGCCUCGUGGCAGCACCUUCCCCAUGUUAGAGGGUCCUGACAGCCAGGAGACUGAAGAGGACAAUGGGUGCUUCAUCACACCGAGCACUAAUGUAAAGUUUAACGCAGUGCUCCGCGAGCGGCAUCACAUCAAUUUCAUGAGGAACUACCUGCUUAUCAUAGGUCAUCAUGAGACCCCACCUGAAGCUCACACCAAAAUCUUGGAGAAGUUCCCUGACUGUUUUCCUCGUAAUCACGGCAACGUCAUCCCUCCUACGACUGAUAAGAAAGUAGAGGAGAAGGUGAAUGACAGUGGCGGUAUGGAUGAUAGUGCCCCUUCUCCUGUGCCUGGAACAUCGAUCCAGGAACCUGGGGUUGGUGGUCGCCCUUUGCGUCCAGAGGCUCCUGUGGACUCUAUGCUGAAAGACAUGGCUACCAUUAUUUUCUCCACCUUCCUCCUGGCUGGCUGGGUGGCCUUUGUAAUUAUUUACCCUAAGAGUGUGCGCAAGCAGCAACUAUUGCAGCACCAGGAGUUCCAGAGGCAGAUGGAGGAGAAGUUGGAGCUCCUCCAGAGGCAGCAGCCCUUCCCAUCUACAGACGUGAGCCUGGGCUUGGCCCAAGAGAGUGACUACUUAGAAGUUGCCCGAAAUCGUCUUGAUUGCUCAGACCACAGCAGUCCUAAUGUCACCCCACGUGCCUCCAACCACUCCAACCUGUCGUUGUCUGAGUUGGUGAGCUCUACCAAUGAGCACGAAGACAGAGAUGAAGAAUCUGCUGUUGUCAGAGUGGGAAACAUAAUGUUCCAUCCCAAAGAGGUUUUAGGUCACGGUGCUGAGGGCACCAUUGUGUACAGGGGUCAGUUUGACAACCGCCGAGUGGCUGUGAAGCGAAUUCUCCCAGAAUGCUUCAGCUUUGCAGACAGAGAAGUUCAGCUGUUGAGGGAGUCAGAUGAACACCCAAAUGUCAUACGUUACUUCUGCACUGAGAGGGACCGUCAGUUCCAAUACAUCGCCAUCGAGCUGUGUGCCGCAACUCUUCAGGAGUAUGUGGAGAGGAAGGAUUUUGACCGUCAUGGAUUAGAGCCUGUAAUGCUCCUUCAGCAGGCCAUGUCAGGGCUGGCCCAUCUGCACUCACUGAACAUAGUCCACAGAGAUCUAAAACCCCACAACAUCUUGGUGUCCAUGCCCAAUGCUCAUGGUCGGGUGCAGGCCAUGAUCUCUGACUUUGGCUUGUGUAAGAAGCUAGGAGUGGGCCGCAACAGUUUCAGUAGAAGGUCUGGUGUGCCAGGCACUGAGGGCUGGAUCGCCCCCGAGGUCCUCAGUGAGGACUGCAAAGACAACCCGACAUGUGCGGUGGAUAUCUUCUCGGCUGGUUGCGUAUUUUAUUACGUGGUGUCGCAGGGCAGUCACCCCUUUGGCAAAUCUCUGCAGAGACAAGCAAACAUCCUGCUCGGGGCGUACAGUCUGGACUAUCUGCAAACUGACAAACACGGGGACAUUGUAGCCAGAGAUUUAGUGGACCAGAUGCUGAGCAUGGAGCCGUGUAAGAGGCCUUCAGCUGAGUGCGUUCUCAAACAUCCGUUUUUCUGGAGCCUAGAGAAAGAGCUGCGUUUCUUCCAGGAUGUGAGUGACAGAAUAGAAAAGGAACUGUUAGACGGAUCAGUUGUGAGGCAGCUGGAGAGAGGAGGUAGAGCUGUUGUCAAGUGCGACUGGAGAAAACACAUCACAGUGCCAUUGCAGACAGAUCUCCGUAAAUUUCGCUCCUAUAAAGGAGGCUCAGUAAGAGACCUGCUUCGUGCAAUGAGAAACAAGAAACAUCAUUACCGAGAGCUGCCUGCUGAGGUCCAGGAGACGCUGGGCUCCAUCCCUGAUGACUUUGUCUCCUAUUUCACAUCCCGUUUCCCCCACUUGCUGAUGCACACCUACCGAGCCAUGCGGUCUUGUGCGGCAGAGCGGCCAUUCCUGCCAUAUUACUCUACUGCAGAGCGGCUUGUACAAUCACAAAUCCAGGACAUGGAAGAACAAAAGGAGACGCACAGUCAACAUUUACAAACACUCACACCAUCACCUUCCUCACAUACACAGUUACUGUUGUCUGCAGAACCUUCACAGCAGCUGCAGGUCUCCGAUACCAUAUGGACUGAAUCGGAGGCUCCUCCUGCACCAGAAGAACCUACAGCUUCAAAUUUACAAGUUCAGACAGUACCAGAACUAUCCACACAGACUGAGAACCAUGCCUCAGAAUCUGCUUCCAUUCCACUGACACAGACAGGAUCCAGUCAGUCUGACGUGCACACAGUGUCAGACUCUGCUACAUCACACGGUGAGCCACUGUGAACUGAACCAGGGUCCAGUGGAGCCAAUGCACGCAGAAGUAUAGAGGGACACUGAAUGAGUGCUGCCCUCUGGUGGUGACCAGUUUGCAGUGCCUGGAACCUCCUGCAAGGUGGAGCAGCUGCACCCCAAAAUAAGUGCCUUCUGCCCAGUAUGUAUUAAGUAAUCCCCAACAGAACCGUUCAUGGGUCUGCUGCCUUCACUUUGAAGAAGUGUGUUAAACCAACAGUGUUUUGUUGGAUGCUUUCAUGUAGCAAAGACAAUCUAUUUUAUUUUACAUGUUCAAAAAUCCAUUUGUUGUGCAGAAACGUGUCUGGAUGUUGUUGAACGGUCGUGCAGUGUUGCAUUUCUCAGUGAGCCUGCUCACUGCACAGAUAUGUAUAUUUUUCUAGAGAUUGGAUCAUUAAUGAUAAAUGGUUUAAUUCUACCAAUGUGCCUUUAAAAAAAAAUAGCACUUUGCUUUCAGGCAUUGUUAAAGUGCAUUACCCUAAAUGUGCUUUAUUUUAGAUAAUGCUGCUAAACUGCUUCUUCUCUCAAGACUUACCGUGCUGACUGAGCAAACGGUUCCAAAGGGUGUUCAGAAACUUUAAUUUUGUGAUUAUUUUGCUCAGCUGUGAGUUUAGAGGUCAGGCUGCAGAACGUUUAAUGUUGUAGAUAAAUUUUUCAAGGGGAUGAGAAUGAAGUUAUUGACGUGCACAUAAAAUUCUAGUUUUUUUUUAUACUA